CUCUUCCGCCGGGCCGACGUGAGCGGCACGGGGUCCCUCACGCACAGCGAGUUCCGCCAGCUCCUCCAGGACAUGAACAUCGUCAUGACGGACGCGGACUUCGCGACGUUCGUCCACACGAUCGACAAGGACGACGACGGCGACAUCUCCUACGGGGAGUGGAUCGCCAAGUACGGCGCCAUCAUCCGGGGCCACGACAACGCGCGCAAGAUCUUCCGCCUCUUCGACGAGGACAAGAGCGGCACGCUGACCUACGCGGAGUACCGCGAGGCGCUCGAGUUCUUCAACAUCACGAUGACGGACGAGAACUUCGCGACGAUGAUGGCGGAGAUCGACACGAACCGCGACAUGAUGGUGUCCUACAACGAGUUC